AUGGAGGUUAUAGUCCCUGAUGAUGUUAUUGUAGAAGUAGAUGGCGCCUAUUCUCAUUUAGAUGACAACGCAGCUUGUGGAGGCGUUCUUAAAGAUGGCAACAAUUGUAUGAAGGAGGCUUUUUUUCUGAAAUUAAGUGGCGGAGAUACCCUCACAGGAAAACUAUGGGGUUGCUUGAUGGGUCUCAAAGGCGCUUGGGACGCUGGUACUGGAGAUGUUAUCUUGAGAAGCGACUCCGCUGAGGCUGUUCGAUUGAUCAAAUUUGAAGUCCCUGAGAUGCACAAGGAUAUUGCUCUCAUCAUGGAAAUCAAAGGGAUGCUAGAGGGGAUUGGUUUGUGGAUAUCCAAGUCUUUCAGAUGGGAAUGGCAUCGCUGA